AUGCGAGCUGUGCUUCCUGGAAAGCCUCAGGCUAAGCUCCAAGCUGUCUGUACAGGCUAUUGGAAUGGCAGACGUCUCAUCGCAUACAUUACCGGAAACGCCUUCGUCGUACUUACUGCGCCUGAUUCCAUCCUCCAAACCAUCUAUGAUGACGACGAAGAAGAUCUGGAGGCAAUAGCUAUAGAUGAAGCAUCUGGGAAGAUAGUAACAUGUGCUGGAACUAUUAUACGUGUAUACAAGCCUUACGGGCAGGGGGAAGAUGCGCUGAAGUGGUCUUUACAACACAGCUUUCCUAUCGGAGAACCUGCUGGAGGAUCUGCGACGACGUUAUCAUGGGGUGUCUCGGAGGAAGUUCUGGUAGGAGGCGCCUGGCUUUCGAUAUUCGCGACUGCAGACACGCCGACAAUGGUUUGGGGAAAGAAACUUGCCAAUUCCGUCAAGUAUGCCAAUUUCUCCCAUGACUCGGUGUACAUUGCAUCAACCGGAAACUACGAUCGCCUGGUGAAGAUAUGGAGGAGACUGUCGUUUGGGUCAGAGGAUACGCGCUUCGAUGUCAGCUAUCUGCCUCAUCCAAGUACGGUCACAAAUAUGCACUGGAGGAGACCAUACCAUGCGGACCAAACAAUCGAAAACGUGCUCUAUACGAUAUGCACAGACAACAUACUACGUAUAUGGGCUGCAAACGAUCCUUAUGCAUUACGGCAUCUCCAGCUCUGGGGUCAGAUUGAUCUGAAAGAGUCUAUACAACCUCGUGGUCUGUCCGAGACAUCCAAUACUCGAUUUGCCUUUGUGAUCGACGGCCGCGAUUUCAUGUUUGCGACUGAGCAUGCCGUACAAUCUAAAGAAGUUGAAAGAAAUGAUGACCAUGCCCUUGCUCACCUGAUAGAGGUUGCAAAUCGAAGCCCUGAGAUAUGUGUUGUCCUGGACGAGUAUGGAAAUAUGUCCGCUUGGGGGUUGGAGAAUGUGGGAAGCAAAACACGACAGAAAGCCAACAUUUUCAACGUUGCACAUCUCGAAGGACUAGCUUUAGGGCUUCCUAAGGAUUCUCGAGAUGAUUCCAAUUUCGUCCAGUUUUACAAUUUCUGUAAUAAAUCUGGGGCUGGCUUGACUAUUCUUAUGCAUCAUUGGGAUGGGAGAAUAGAAUACUUCGAGAGCAAUGUGGCCGAUUUAUUCGAUCCAUCUCCUAGGAAAGACCGGUUGGUUCUCAAAGCAGUGUGGACUGGACACUCCGCUAGCAUCAAGAAAAUCGUCCGAAAUGUUAGCGGCCAAGCGGUUGUGUCUCGAACCGAUGGUAAUGAGAGCAUUGUUUGGAAACAUUUGGAUCACGAGGGCGGAGCUUCAGUAGUCAGACAAAGUCUUAUCACAGAACAGGAACACAUCCACAGAAUCUGCGUGAUGAGGAGAGGAGACUUUGUCAUUUUCCUACACCACCGCAGGAUUUCUGUAUGGGAUGCCCGGUCUUUGAACGCAAAACUCAUAGCAAGUUGCGAAUACUCCUUGGCCGGUAAGCCUUUGUGUAUUCUCGUGCUGCCCGAGGCGAGAAAAGAGGGCCCGAUAGCUCAUGUUGCUACAAUCUCUUCAAAGAUGAAAGGAAUUGUCUGGGAGGUACGACUACCGCACUGGGGCGGAAGCAAGACCGAGAAGAAUGGCUACCAUGAACCGUCCAUUGCCGAAUUCUGUCGAUUUGACUUGGGAGGCUCCGACGACCUUUCUUACAUGCUACCAGUUGACCCUGCUGGCUCGCCUCCGGUGAUCACUGGGUUUCUAGAUACCUUCGCCAGAGACAUUGCGUUGUCCUAUACUCAUUCCGGUGUGCUUCGCUCCUGGACUGCCAGACUUGAUAUAACAGCCAAGAAAGUCGAUUGGCUGGAGACUUGCUCGGUGGCGACCGGCAUCUCAGAGCCUUCUCUGGCGAGCGGGAGCUCGGUACGAAAAGCUGCGCUUGUAGAUUCCAGAAGAUCCGAGCUGACAAUCUGGGACACUCGAGGGGCACAGUUGGAGUUCGCGCAGGAUUUCGAAUGCCUUGACACUAUUCAAGAUCUAGAUUGGACUUCGACCCCGGACGACCAGUCUAUUCUCGCUGUUGGCUUUCGAUCUAGAGUAAUUCUUCUGGCACAAAUGCGAUACGAUUACCUCAACAAGGGGCCUGCUUGGGCGUCCAUCAGAGAGUUUAACACUCGUGAUCUGACACCUCACCCAAUAGGGGAUUCCACUUGGCUCGGUGGCGGAAACCUCAUCAUAGGUGCUGGUAACCAGGUCUUUGUUUACGACAAAGAGGUCGACCAUUCCGCCCCUGCGGUCAUGAGUCUUGGCCUCCCUCCGCGAAAGCAGGUCUGGGAUCUCUUCGAGGUCGUGACAAGGUUCAAUGGACCUCUCCCACUAUAUCAUCCCCAGUUUCUGGGGCAGUGUACAUUGGCCGGAAAGAGCGGUCUCGUUCAGCACAUACUGCUUGCUCUGCAUAAGAUCUUAAAGUACUACAUCGAAGGAGAUGCCAUCGAUAAUCACCUUGGUAUGGAUCUAGAGGUAUUCUACACCAACAACGAUAUGAUAUCUUCUUCGGCGGCUGUCAGCAAAGGAUCAAAGUCUUUCGGCGCCUUCUGUGAUGAUGAAGAGGACGAGGAGACUGUGACCGAAAGUGUGGCAGCUUCGAUCAAUGACAAGUUAACUAAAGUUGCAUUGCCGCAGCUCUCCAGGCAGGAACAAAUUCAUCUAGCCGAUGCCGUUGAAUGCGUUGCAAUCGUUGAGAAGCAACGGCGGUCUAUGGAUGAUAAUGCUGCCAGGUUCAUGCUCUUCUUUCGACAACAUAUCUUGCACAGGGGCCGUGCCAACGAGGUUCGUCUCUCAUGGCGGGAGAUCAACUGGGCUUAUCACAGCAAUAGCCAGGAUAUUUUAGCGGACAUGGUAUCACACCAGUUCCACAGCAAGAUGCUGUGGGAGCAUGCUCGAGAAAGUGGCAUAUUCAUGUGGAUGACCGACCCAAAUGCUCUUAGAGGCCAGUUUGAGAUCGUUGCUCGCAACGAAUACACUAAGAGCGACUUGAAGAACCCGAUCGACUGUACCUUGUUCUAUCUAGCCCUGAAGAAGAAGACAGUUCUCCAGGGCCUGUGGCGUAUGGCUAGCUGGAACCGAGAACAGGCCGCCACUUUGAAACUUCUGUCCAAUAAUUUUAAUGAGAGGAGAUGGAAAAUAGCAGCGAUGAAGAAUGCAUACGCUCUCUUGGGCAAGCACCGCCAUGAAUAUGCAGCAGCCUUCUUCCUGCUAGCUGAUUGCUUAAGAGAUGCAGUCAGCGUCAUGCUGAAUCAGCUGAAAGAUCUUCAAUUGGCAAUAGCUGUCACAAGAGUUUAUGAAGGAGAAAACGGUCCAGUCCUGAAAGAGCUACUCACUGACAAGGUGUUGCCACUGGCAGCUCAAGAGGGUAAUCGAUGGUUGGCAUCCUGGGCGUUCUGGAUGCUUCGCCGAAGGGAUAUGGCUGUGAGAGCAUUGAUCUCCCCCGUUUACACUCUGUUAGAGACGCCGCAGACGCCAGAUCUCUCUUCUAAGUUGUUCCUGACUGACGAUCCCGCCCUCGUUGUUCUCUAUUCCCAGCUCCGACAGAAAACCCUACAAACACUUCGUGGUGCUUCAAAAGUCACACCGAAGGUUGAAUGGGCAUUUGUUUUGCAUAACGCUCGGUUAUACGAUCGCAUGGGUUGUGACUUGCUUGCUUUGGAUCUUGUUCGCAAUUGGGAGUUCCUCCUCCCGGCACCCACCGUGUUCAAGAGUAUCGGCGACCCGGAUCCACGUUCAAUGCUACGCAGACGGUCAUCGCUCGUUGUAGCCGACCUUCCCAUGCCCAAAUUGCCGCUCGACCUGAGAUCUGGAGGGCACAAACCUGCGCCAAGCGUGUUCGAGGAGCCCGAGUCUAACUCAUUGUUAGACAGUUUUGGAUUCUAG